AUGCUCACACUUCAACGUUUUGUAGUCUCAGCACUACUCAUCUUAACUGUUACCUUCCUCUUCUUCGCUCAAACGGCCGAAGCUGCCAAAGGACCAAAGAUCACCCACAAGGUCUACUUCGACAUCAGCCACGGCGAUGAACCCAUGGGUCGUGUUGUUCUAGGUCUUUAUGGCAAAACCGUCCCUAAGACUGCCGAGAACUUCAGAGCUUUGGCAACUGGCGAGAAGGGAUUUGGAUAUCAAGACUCCACUUUCCACCGUGUUAUCAAGGGCUUCAUGAUUCAAGGAGGUGAUUUCACAAAGGGUGAUGGAACCGGAGGCAAAUCAAUCUACGGAGCUAAGUUCCCUGAUGAGAACUUUAAGUUGAAGCACUCCAAGAAAGGUCUUCUCAGCAUGGCCAACGCCGGAAAGGAUACCAACGGUUCUCAAUUUUUCAUUACUACUUCUACUCCCGGCCAUCUUGAUGGUAGACACGUCGUCUUUGGCGAAGUUUUGGAGGGAUAUGAGAUCAUCGAGGCAAUCGAGAACGUAAAGAAGGGUGGAUCAGAUAGACCAGUUGAAGCUGUCAAGAUCACCGAGAGCGGGGAAUUACCAGUACCAGAAGAAGGUAUCCACGUGGAACUCUAGAGUAGACUCCUUUUGCGGCAUGCGAGCAUGAUUAGGAGGACUUACUGAUUCGUCUGUCUUACGUGCUGUAGAUGUGUACGGUACUGCUGAAUUUCAACCCGGCAUGGAAGAAGUCGAAGUUCCUCUUGCACCAACCGAUCCUUCUACUCCUGCUGCUGCCACCGCAGUCAUUCCAGUUGUUGGUACCCCACCAAAAACCGAGACAGAGGAGUUUGGCUAUGCUGAUGAGGCUGGUUACACUCUUAUGCAAAAAGGAUUAUUUUUGGCUGUUAUUUUAGGAUGUGUGGCCUUCUACGUGCGAAUGAAUAGAAGAAGCAAGAAGUUUGAGAGGUCAAUCGUCUAG